AUGAGGACCAAGAAUUGGGACCGGAUGACCGAGAGGAUUUUGGAUCUCACUCUGGAGAUCAUCCACCUGCUGACUGGAGAGGUGAGGGAUUCUGGGUAAUGUCAUUCUGGAGAUCAUCUACCUGCUGACUGGAGAGGUGAGGGAUUCUGGGUAAUGUCACCAUGGAGAUCAUCUACCUGCUGACUGGAGAGGUGAGGGAUUCUGGGUAAUGUCAUUAUGGAGAUCAUCUACCUGCUGACUGGAGAGGUGAGGGAUUCUGGGUAAUGUCAGUAUGGAGAUCAUCUACCUGCUGGCUGGAGAGGUGAGGGAUUCUGGGUAAUGUCAGUAUGGAGAUCAUCUACCUGCUGACUGGAGAGGUGAGGGAUUCUGGGUAAUGUCAGUGUGGAGAUCAUCUACCUGCUGGCCGGAGAGGUGAGGGAUUCUGGGUAAUGUCAUUAUGGAGAUCAUCUACCUGCUGCUGGAGAGGUGAGGGAUUCUGGGUAAUGUCAUUAUGGAGAUCAUCUACCUGCUGGCUGGAGAGGUGAGGGAUUCUGGGUAAUGUCACCAUGGAGAUCAUCUACCUGCUGGCUGGAGAGGUGAGGGAUUCUGGGUAAUGUCAUUAUGGAGAUCAUCUACCUGCUGACUGGAGAGGUGAGGGAUUCUGGGUAAUGUCAUUAUGGAGAUCAUCUACCCGCUGACUGGAGAGGUGAGGGAUUCUGGGUAAUGUCAUUAUGGAGAUCAUCUACCCGCUGACUGGAGAGGUGAGGGAUUCUGGGUAAUGUCAUUAUGGAGAUCAUCUACCCGCUGACUGGAGAGGUGAGGGAUUCUGGGUAAUGUCAGUAUGGAGAUCAUCUACCUGCUGGCUGGAGAGGUGAGGGAUUCUGGGUAAUGUCAGUAUGGAGAUCAUUUACCUGCUGCUGGAGAGGUGAGGGAUUCUGGGUAAUGUCAGUAUGGAGAUCAUCUACCUGCUGACUGGAGAGGUGAGGGAUUCUGGGUAAUGUCAUUAUGGAGAUCAUCUACCUGCUGACUGGAGAGGUGAGGGAUUCUGGGUAAUGUCAGCAUGGAGAUCAUCUACCUGCUGACUGGAGAGGUGAGGGAUUCUGGGUAAUGUCAGUAUGGAGAUCAUCUACCUGCUGACUGGGGAGGUGAGGGAUUCUGGGUAAUGUUACCAUGCAGAUCAUCUACCUGCUGACUGGAGAGGUGAGGGAUUCUGGGUAAUGUCAUUAUGGAGAUCAUCUACCUGCUGGCGGAGAAGUGAGGGAUUCUGGGUAAUGUCACCAUGGAGAUCAUCUACCUGCUGGCUGGAGAGGUGAGGGAUUCUGGGUAAUGUCAUUAUGGAGAUCAUCUACCUGCUGGCUGGAGAGGUGAGGGAUUCUGGGUAAUGUCAUUAUGGAGAUCAUCUACCAGCUGACUGGAGAGGUGAGGGAUUCUGGGUAAUGUCAUUAUGGAGAUCAUCUACCUGCUGGCUGGGGAGGUGAGGGAUUCUGGGUAAUGUCAGUAAGGAGAUCAUCUACCUGCUGACUGGAGAGGUGAGGGAUUCUGGGUAAUGUCAUUAUGGAGAUCAUCUACCUGCUGACUGGAGAGGUGAGGGAUUCUGGGUAAUGUCACCAUGGAGAUCAUCUACCCGCUGGCUGGAGAGGUGAGGGAUUCUGGGUAAUGUCAUUAUGGAGAUCAUCUACCUGCUGAAGGCAAAGGAGAGGUGAGGGCACGUCACCAUGGAGAUCAUCUACCCGUUGACCGGAGAGGUGAGGGAUUCCGGGUGCGCACGCGUCAGUAUGGAGAUCAUCCACCCGCUGGCCGAGAAAGUGAGAGGGAUUCCUGGGUAAUGUCAGGCAUGGAGAUCAUCUACCCAAGCUGGCUGAGAGGCGAGUGGACCCUGGGUAAUGUCAUUAUGGAGAUCAUCUACCUGCUGACUGGUGAGGUGAGGGAUUCUGGGUAAUGUCAUUAUGGAGAUCAUCUACCUGCUGACUGGAGAGGUGAGGGAUUCUGGGUAAUGUCAUUAUGGAGAUCAUCUACCUGCUGACUGGAGAGGUGAGGGAUUCUGGGUAAUGUCACCAUGGAGAUCAUCUACCCGCUGGCUGGAGAGGUGAGGGAUUCUGGGUAAUGUCAUUAUGGAGAUCAUCUACCUGCUGGCUGGAGAGGUGAGGGAUUCUGGGUAAUGUCAGUAUGGAGAUCAUCUACCUGCUGGCUGGAGAGGUGAGGGAUUCUGGGUGAUGUCAUUAUGGAGAUCAUCUACCUGCUGACUGGAGAGGUGAGGGAUUCUGGGUAAUGUCAGUAUGGAGAUCAUCUACCUGCUGGCUGGAGAGGUGAGGGAUUCUGGGUAAUGUCAUAUGGAGAUCAUCUACCUGCUGACUGGAGAGGUGAGGGAUUCUGGGUAAUGUCACUAUGGAGAUCAUCUACCUGCUGACUGGAGAGGUGAGGGAUUCUGGGUAAUGUCAGUAUGGAGAUCAUCUACCUGCUGACUGAUUUUAUUUUAGUGUUUUUGGGGGUUUUUUGUUUUUCAGUUUCUUCUGUUCUAUUAGGAUUGGCUACAAAUGUAACUUUGAUAGUUUAUGGCACAAACCUUUCCAUAAUGAACAAUCUAGCACUUAUUCAAGUGAAUGGAAGCUGCCAGCUAGCAUGUAUUAGAAACGAGUGACCAUGCAUGCGUGUCAUCAUCCAGUGUGUGUAAUUGGAAUAGUCCAGCCAGAGCCACCCCUGUUUUGGAGUGUAUAAGAUAACUCCAGCUACCUUUUUGGGGUGUAUUUAGUGGGGUUUGAGACUAAUCACCCUAACCCCCAUAUCACAGUAUAUUUAGUGAAUUUGGGACUGGGCAUCUUAUAACCCAACUCAGUAACCACUAUAGCACUGUCGUGUUUAUGGUGCCAGGAUUAACCUCCAUUGCCCCAGCAGUGUAGGUAUUCAAACUGUUUACUAACAGUCUGACAACUUACCUGAUAUCUGACGGGUGCUGGUCACCUCCUUAAUUUGAGGAGAGCUUAUGGAACCAAGUAGGAGCUUCUGGCUCUCAAUAAAGUCCUGCUGUGCAGAACCAAGCCUGGCUGCAUCCAUUGGACCCCAGGUAAGUUGUCAAACUAUGUAAAACAGGAGGUAGGUGCAGCGCCUAGAUAGUCCUUAUGGGUGUUUAUGCAACAAGAAGAAGAAAAACCAGAAGGAACUUAUGGUGUAGUAUAUAAAAACUAUAUUGAGAGUAUAGAUAAAGUAAAAAUGUGCAAUCAAACUUUUUUAUAGCUUAAAUGCAGUUCCACCUUUUGCGCCUGGACGGAAUAAUCCCCACCUAAGGACAUAGUAUAGUGCUGAUUCUUCGUAUAGUUGUAGUAGUAGAAGGUAUCCUUAUAGAAAUAACACAGAUACAAAUCAUAAUAUAGUCUAGUAUAUUGAGCUAUGGAGCAGGGGUAGAUAUAUAUAUAUAUAUAUAUAUAUAUAUAUAUAUAUAUAUAUAUAUAUAUAUAUAUAUAUAUAUAUAUAUAUAUAUAUAUAUAUAUAUAUAUAUAUAUAUAUAUAUAUAUAUAUAUAUAUAUAUAUAUAUUGCACUCACAUGAAAUGGAGCCCCAGAUUUAGAUCUAGAAAUAGCGUGUGAAGUGGUAUAGGUGUAGUAGGUCUUUCUGUGGGUAUAAAUAUAAAAAUAAACAAAUAAAACCACAAUAGUGUGCACUGUAAAUAUGGAGUGUAAAGCACAAUAAAAACAUAAAACACCUACUUACAUGCCUUAGAGCAAAGUACGGUUUGCUCAAUCCAGUACGCUUAGGUGGUAUUAUCCCCACCAACGAUGUGUAGCCCAGGAGUUCAGCAGCAGGAAAACAGGUUCAAUAAAAAAGUAUUUUUAUUUAAAAAAACUAUAAAACAGUAACAAGAUAAAAAAUAAUAGAUAAAACAGUAUGAAUGAAUUAACAGGUUUCACCUAAGAAUUGGCUUUCUUAAAAGUGUUUGUUGGCAAACUGUUAGUUACAUGGAGGAAUGCCAGGGCACACUCCAGCAUACUGUAGUGGUUAUUGUGAUUGAAGUGUUCCUUUGAUAUAAAUUAUUUUAGUGGGUUAGGCACUGGUCAUCCUAUUAAACAACUAUUUGUUCCCUUUCUCAUAAAUUUGGGGAUGACAAAGGGAAAGGGUGGGCCUCAGUGACUCCCGCUGUCUGGUAUAUAGACCUGAUCCACAAACUGUUAGUUACAUGGAGGAACAUGUCUGGUAUAUAGACCUGAUCCACAAACUGUUAGUUACAUGGAGGAACAUGUCUGGUAUAUAGACCUGAUCCACACACUGUUAGUUACAUGGAAGAACAUGUCUGGUAUAUAGACCUGAUCCACAAACUGUUAGUCUUAUGAGGAACAUGUCUGGUAUAUAGACCUGAUCCACAAACUGUUAGUUACAUGGAGGAACAUGUCUGGUAUAUAGACCUGAUUCACAAACUGUUAGUUACAUGGAGGAACAUGUCUGGUAUAUAGACCUGAUCCACAAACCGUUAGUUACAUGGAGGAACAUGUCUGGUAUAUAGACCUGAUCCACAAACUGUUAGUUACAUGGAGGAACAUGUCUGGUAUAUAGACCUGAUCCACACACUGUUAGUUACAUGGAGGAACAUGUCUGGUAUGUAGACCUGAUUCACAAACUGUUAGUUACAUGGAAGAACAUGUCUGGUAUAUAGACCUGAUCCACAAACUGUUAGUCUUAUGAGGAACAUGUCUGGUAUAUAGACCUGAUCCACAAACUGUUAGUUACAUGGAGGAACAUGUCUGGUAUAUAGACCUGAUUCACAAACUGUUAGUUACAUGGAGGAACAUGUCUGGUAUAUAGACCUGAUCCACAAACUGUUAGUUACAUGGAGGAACAUGUCUGGUAUAUAGGCCCGAUCCACAAACUGUUAGUCUUAUGAGGAACAUGUCUGGUAUAUAGACCUGAUUCACAAACUGUUAGUCUUAUGAGGAACAUGUCUGGUAUAUAGACCUGAUCCACAAACUGUAGAAUGACUGAUGGACGAUAGACAAGUACACCAUCCCAGUGAAGUGGGGUCUUAAAUAUAGUUUCUGUGUGUUUUUGGGGGUGGAGACAGAGAUGAUAGAUCUGUCUGUAAAGUCUGACUGACAGUUCACUAUAUAGGCGAGAGGACAUUAAUGUUGGUUGUUUUGAACAGAAAGUAAUACAAGAAGUUAUGUUUGGUAUCUAGUGCUUAUUGAGUUUAAAUAAGAUUUGAAAAUAAUUUAACAUAAUCCGCAUUGUACAUUUACUUUCUAUAGUAUUAUCCAAUGCUACAACAAAUCCUUUAGUGGCAGAGACACGUAAUACAGAAGUAGAUUUUGUGAUGCACAAUGAUGUGAUUUGUUAGAUAGAAGGGUCCAUUGAAUGAAUGUUCUCUGGUCCCAAGUGCAGAAUGUAUCCUUUAACGGUUUCACUUUUCUUAAUGGGAUUGUACCAAUGUCUUUGUCAAUAUCUAGAAUUAUACAAUAGCGAGGAAGCCUGGGGAGCGUUUGACAUUUGGCCACAGCCCUUGUUUGCCAGGAAUUCUCUGCAAGUCCCAAAGCCCCAGCACAGUACCUCCACAUCACACGAUACAUGAGAAAAACAAUGACCAGAAGAUCCUGGAACUGACCAAUCAGAUCAUCCACCUGCUGACUGGAGAGGUGAGGCUGCUGAGAAUGGGACAUCAUAGAGUAAAACCAAGGGAUGUGUCUGGAUGGUGACUGUAUCAUUGUGUUUGUCAGGUUCCUAUAAGGUGUGAGGAUGUCACUGUCUAUUUCUCCAUGGAGGAGUGGGAGUAUCUGGAAGGACACAAGAAUCUCUACAAGGAUGUGAUGAUGGAGACCCACAAGACCUUCAGCUCAAUGGGUAGGAACUAUUUUACAAUGCAGUGUUCAUGGCAUAUAUGUAGCAGAUGUCAUCAAAUGUGUAAACAAGACACUAGCGCUCAUUACAAACUUCAGGGAAUUAAAAUAAAACAAAAAACAAUAUAAAUUUAUAUAUACCACCAUAUUGUUUACAUGGGCCUAAUUAGGAACUUCUCCAUUCCGAACAUUGCUGCAUAAAUAGGGUUUGUAACCUAACUCACUGAAGAAACUGUUAACCUUAUAUCCAUUCAUAAAACUUAUGUAGAUGGCACUGUAUUCCAGGAACUGGUGGCAGGCUCAGGUGAAAUGCCGCUGCUUAAGAUACAAGAUUCUUUUUGAUUAUUAUGUAAACAGUAUUGUACAUUUAGGACUAAAUCAGGACUCCUCUUGAUGAAAGUUCAUAGUAAAAGAGAUUCCAUCAAUAAUAUAAACACGAUGAGGGACAUUAUGGCUUUGAAACUUUGCUUUGUUGCUAAAUAACAAUUUCCCCCGCCCCCAGAAAUACUGUUACAUGUUACGUAAUAGAUUGAUGACAUUUUGACAGUCAAGCAAUCUAUUGUUUGAUGUUUAAUAGCCUAUAGCCACAAUAUCACCACAAAUCACAUGAGACUGAAUGCUCAUCUAACCACAGACAAACUUUUCAUUAACAAGCAGUACUUCCCCGUUAGCCCUUUCACUGAAGGCUGGGAGUACCGACUGUGCCUGAGAGACCCAGGUAAGUGUCAAGCCGUACUGAAACAGUUUGACUCUCUGCCAUGGGACUGCGCCAGGAGACUGCUGUCAUUUGUGUUGAGAAUCUUCAGCUAAUAUCCAGCUUUUAUUCUAGUAAAUGGCAUAGCCCCUGAAUUUGGACAAGUUUUAAAAUGACUGGAUUUCAGAUCACCUUAUCUAAAUAUAAUACACUUUCACCAAGAAAAGUUCCCCUCUAAGUCGAUGGAAUCCCAUGUUAAAUACAUGAAAAUACAAAUGAUCAAACAAAUAACUUUAAUCUACUAUUUGAAGACAAGUUAUCUUUUAAUUUCCUGUACAGACUAGCAGGACACCCGUUACAGAUUUUCUAAUAUUAUUCUUGUAUUAAUAUUACUAUAUUUAUAUAGCGCGAACAAUUUCCGUAGUGCUUUACAGUGGGUAAACUAACAAAUGUAAUUGUAACUAGACAAGUUGGACACACAGUAACAGAGGGAUUGAGGGCCUGCUCAGUGAGUUUACAUGUUAGAGGGAGUGGGGUAUAGUGACACAGUAACAGAGGGAUUGAGGCCCUGCUCAGUGAGUUUACAUGUUAGAGGGAGUGGGGUAUAGUGACACAGUAACAGAGGGAUUGAGGGCCCCUGCUCAGUGAGCUUACAUGUUAGAGGGAGUGGGGUAUAGUGACACAGUAACAGAGGGAUUGAGGGCCCUGCUCAGUGAGUUUACAUGUUAGAGGGAGUGGGGUAUAGUGACACAGUAACAGAGGGAUUGAGGUCCUGCUCAGUGAGUUUACAUGUUAGAGGGAGUGGGGUAUAGUGACACAGUAACAGAGGGAUUGAGGGUCCUGCUCAGUGAGUUUACAUGUUAGAGGGAGUGGGGUAUAGUGACAGUAACAGAGGGAUUGAGGGCCUGCUCAGUGAGUUUACAUGUUAGAGGGAGUGGGGUAUAGUGACACAGUAACAGAGGGAUUGAGGGCCUGCUCAGGAGUAUACAUGUUAGAGGGAGUAGGGUAAAGUGACACAAAAGGUAAGGGAAGUAUUAGAGAAGCUGAUUGGUAGAAUAGUAUUCAAUGAAGACUUAGUGUGGGGUUUUGGAGUCAUUAACAGUUUAAUUGAUACGCGUUUGUGAAAAAAUGCGUUUUUAAUGAUUGUUUGAAGGAGUGGAGAGUGGGUGAGCAUCUUCUGGAAAGGAAGUUCCAUAGGAACGGUGCAGCCCUAGAUAAGUCUUGAAGUCGAACAUCAGAGGUGGAAUUAUGAACAGAGGAUAGACGCGGGUCUUCGGCAGAGUGUAAGGGCCUAGACGAGACAUACUUCUGUAUUAGGGAGGAUAGAUAGGUGGGAGUAACGUUAUGUAGAUAUUUGAAAGCAAGAACCAGAAUUUUAUAUUGAACCCUAUAGCUUACGAGAAGCCAAUGCAGGAACUGACAGAGGGGUGAGGUGUGGGAGGUAAAUGAUGCUUAUAAAAUCUAGACCAUAAUUAUAUGAAAAAUUCAUGGAAGAUCCCUUUUAGGCCUCGAUUUAAUAUGUUGGAUAAACUUUUAAAAUGAUAUCAUAAUUCUACAAAAUGAAAAUACAAUAUAAUUUUGUAAUAUUAUAAUUGUUGAUAUAUAUAUUUUUUUUAUAUGAUGUAUUUUUUGAUAUUUUAAUACUUUGAAAAAAUCAUUUUAAACGUUUAUCAAAAAAAAUGUACCGGUUAGUUUCUCUAAUAGUACUGAUUUGUUGAACUGUUUUGGUCUUAUAGGGAUACUCCAGGCAGCGAAAAAAGUUAAGAUUAAAUUAAAGUUAAUAAGUUCAGAAUACCUCUGGUUAGUUUCUCUUCUUUCAAUUCCGUGUAGUUUUCCUGCAGUGCUGUAAAAUGUUUUGCUGUUUUCAGCAGUGUAACCCCGCCUCUUUAGCCACCCCCCUCUCACAUUUCAACAUGUUCCUGAUUCCCAGUCUCUAAAAGAAACAUACCUUUUGCAGCCAAUAAGAAUAGAGGCGUGUCUUAUCUAGUGUAAGGAAUACUCACAGCACAGACUGCACUGCAACUACAGCCCAUAUGUGCUCCUCUCCCUCCCCCCCCGUAAUACAAGUAAUAAAUUCCCCUGUAGUCCCUGCCAGCCAACCUCAUUACCCUGUGUUAACUCCUUCCCUGCCAGCCAACCUCACUACCCUGUGUUAACCCCUUCCCUGCCAGCCAACCUCACUGUGGCAAACCUAGCCACUCGGACUAUAACUGGACACUGUGCCUUUAAGGGUUGCCUAUAGGUCUGGAGAGAGAUGCAUUGUACCUGUAUGUGCCUGCUUCAUGUAUUCCCUGCAUUGCCUGUACCUAUCUGUUCCGCCGAAUGCAAAUGGCGGUUUGUAUGGGGAUUCCCGUUCGUUUCGCGAACGGCACUUUGGAGGGCCGUUCGUGAAACGAAUGCGAUACCCCCUAAUAGCCCACACACUUAGAGGCGUGUGGCGCUAGUUAACCGAUUGCAACAUUGUUGCAAUCGGUUAUUAGAGGCUCUCCUGGGUGGCCGUCGUUCGACUACCGACCAUGCGGCGGGCGGCCAUCUUGGAUCCCUGGUUCGUCAGCGGGUCCGUGUCGUCGAACGCAUAGCAUUCCCACAGUCAUUCGACGGCACGAACACCGUUAAGCCUCCAGGACGUUCGGGAGUUUCAGGACCAGGUUCAUUAAAGACAAUCGGUUCUUUUCAUGUGUUUUUAAAGAAAGGUGUUUUCUGUGCGGCGUUCGGUUAUUUUAGCUGGGAUCUGAGCGGCAAUCUCACGAAUGAGGCGCCCAGACCCCAGCUAUCUACCGAACGUCCAUUCGUGUAAAUCCACCGUAUAUUGUACCAACGGUGGAUUUUUGUGUGAAUUGCCGGUUCUGCUGCACGAGGGGAGAAUCCCCUUAACGGUGCAUUCUGGGAGGGUGAUCCCUCUCGUGCAGCGGUGCCUGAUGGGAGAAAUAUGCAGUACAGUAAGUCCCCCAUGUAGUCCCCUCCUGUACAACCCCUGUAAUGUCUGUUUGGAAACCCCUUGCAUGGGGAAUUGCAUAAAUACUGUGACCUGUGAUUAAAACCUCAGUUGACUCCCAGCCUAUGUGUCGUCUAGUUCUUGGGAAGGAAGGGUUACUACAGUGCUGUUUGGAUUAUUAUCUGCUGAUUCCCUGGAUUAUCCUUUGUUGUUCCUGUUACCCAGCGGAGAUAUCGUGGAUCAUACUGCCUCUCCGCUACACUCACUACCCUGUGUUAACCCCUUCCCUGCCAGCCAACCUCACUACCCUGUGUUAACUCCUUCCCUGCCAGCCAACCUCACUACCCUGUGUUAACUCCAGCCAACCUCACUACCCUGUGUUUACUCCUUCCCUGCCAGCCAACCUCACUACCCUGUGUUUACUCCUUCCCUGCCAGCCAACCUCACUACCCUGUGUUUACUCCUUCCCUGCCACCCAAUCUCCCUACAGAGUGUUAACCCCUUCCCUUCCAACCAACCUCCCUACCCAGUGUUAACCCCUUCCCUGACAACCAAUCUCCCUAACCUGUGUUAACCCCUUCCAACCAACCUCCCUACCCAGUGUUAACCCCUUCCCUACCCAGUGUUAACCCCUUCCCUGCCAGCCAACCUCACUACCCUGUGUUAACUCCUUCCCUGCCAGCCAACCUCACUACCCUGUGCCACCCAACCUCACUACCCUGUGUUAACCCCUUCCCUGCCAGCCAACCUCACUACCCUGUGUUAACUCCUUCCCUGCCAGCCAACCUCACUACCCUGUGUUAACUCCAGCCAACCUCACUACCCUGUGUUUACUCCUUCCCUGCCAGCCAACCUCACUACCCUGUGUUUACUCCUUCCCUGCCAGCCAACCUCACUACCCUGUGUUUACUCCUUCCCUGCCACCCAAUCUCCCUACAGAGUGUUAACCCCUUCCCUUCCAACCAACCUCCCUACCCAGUGUUAACCCCUUCCCUGACAACCAAUCUCCCUAACCUGUGUUAACCCCUUCCAACCAACCUCCCUACCCAGUGUUAACCCCUUCCCUACCCAGUGUUAACCCCUUCCCUGCCAGCCAACCUCACUACCCAAUUUGUCAUUACGGAUUCUCAUAGAGAAUCACUGGAGCAUGGCCAUUGGUGGACAGACAUUGUGGGCGUGUCAUUGAUUCUCAUAGAAAAUCCCUGGAGCAUGGCCAUUGGUGGACAGACAUUGUGGGCGUGUCAUUACGGAUUCUCAUAGAGAAUCUCUGGAGCAUGGCCAUUGGUGGACAGGCAUUGUGGGCGUGUCAUUACGGAUUCUCAUAGAGAAUCACUGGAGCAUGGCCAUUGGUGGACAGACAUUGUGGGCGUGUCAUUGAUUCUCAUAGAAAAUCCCUGGAGCAUGGCCAUUGGUGGACAGACAUUGUGGGCGUGUCAUUACGGAUUCUCAUAGAGAAUCUCUGGAGCAUGGCCAUUGGUGGACAGGCAUUGUGGGCGUGUCAUUACGGAUUCUCAUAGAGAAUCACUGGAGCAUGGCCAUUGGUGGACAGUCUGGCUGAAAUACAGUAAACUGAGAAAGCAAAGGGAGAUAGGACAGGAAAUCAGAUGAGGAGCAGAAAAUCUGAUCAAAGUAAAAAUGAAAACAGGUACUUCUAAAGCUCAUUUGUACAGUAUUUAGGGGGAAAAAAACAUUUAGUAACACCAGAAUAUGUAUUUUGUUUUACAUAUACAGUUCUUUUAAAUAAAAGCCAUUAUUGCACAUCCACAUGUUGUAUCCUUCUCACACCCCACUUCCCUCCGUCUCCUAAUUUCCUUCCUCCUCUAGUUCUGCCACCUAUAUCUUAUUAACCCAUUUCUUUCCUUCGAUUGAGAUAUGAUUUUCUUUUAUUAAGAUUUUCUAGUUAGGUUUUUGAUAGCUUGACACACUGGUUGUAAUUGCUAUUGGCUUCAUGGAUUAUGUUGCUCAAUUUGAUCAGUACACGUCUGUUUGUACCUUUUUUUUAAUGAAAACAAAUGAACAUUGUGAAUAUAAGUGUUGUUCAAGUUGACGGCAGGCUUUGCUUGGCUACUAUCAGCUUCCCGAAAGCUCCACUCAUGCUUUUAUAAAUUGAGCCACUGUAUGAUAGUUUGUGAUGUGGCUCCCGCUCCUUCACAAACAAAAGCAUAGUUUUAUCCAGUGGCGGCUCUGUACGGUUGUGGGCUUAUAUCUCAGCGACAGUACAGGGACACAUUGACAAGGAACCUCUAAACAAUAUACCGGUAAUAUAUGAAAGUGGCAUAAGUUGUUUUAGUGCAUUGGGCAUUCUUGCAAAGAGAACAUUCUAACCAUAUGUCUCUUUCCAGUAGAUGGAUUCAUAAAGAGAAAUCCAACAGAUGGACUUCACGCCUCUAUAUUGUCACCAGAUUAUUUAAACAAACACGUCAACAUUAAACAGAAAAGAAAAUGCUGCAGGCUAAAAAAAACAAAAAAGAGACAAAGCAAAUCUUUGAGACAGGAAACUGCACCUUCUGGGCAAGGACUUUUCCAACAAGCAGACAUUUACACACAUGUACAGACGCAAUAUCAAUCUACUCGUAUUCAGGAGGCAUCAUCCUCACAUGAAGAAGGAAAGUUCACAGAUAUUGACAUUCAUAUACCCACAGAGCAUACAGAGACAAAAUCUCCAUCUACUCAAGCCGUACAACAAGAAGAAAAUCGCACAGACACUGACAUCUAUACACCUACGGAAUUUACAAAGACAGCUUGCACAUCUACUGAUAUCAAGGUGGAAGAAGGGACUCUUACAGAAACAGGCAUUGGUAUUACUUCCAAAUAUAUACUAACAGAAUAUACAUCUGGUCAUAUGAAGGACGAGCCAGCCUCAUGCGAGGAGGAAAAUCUCUCCGACAUGGGUCAUAGUACACCAACAGAGCACACACAGACAGACAGUCCAUCUACUCAUAUUAAGGAGGAAUCUGCCUCAUAUGAAGAAGGAAAUCUAACAGACACUGACAUUUAUACACCUAUGGAACAGACACAGACAGAAUAUGCAUCUAGACAAAUUAAGGAGGAAUCAGGAACUCUCACAGACCUUUUUAAUCCAAUGGAAUAUACUCCUACUCAUUUGUCUUAUCCGGCAACACUUGUAGAUGCACACUGGGAAUUCUUUGGUUCUGACAAUGAUUUCAAUAAUUGCUUAGAUUUUCCAGCAGAAAAAACAUUUUCUUGCUCAGAAUGUGGCAAGUGUUUCACGCAGGAGUCAUAUCUCCUCGUACAUCAGAGGACCCACACGGGAGAGAAACCAUUUUCGUGUUCUGUGUGUGGGAAGUGUUUUAUUCGGAGAGCAUAUCUUAAUACACAUAUGAUAAUUCACACAGGAGAUAAACCAUUUUCAUGUUCUGAAUGUAAAAAAUGUUUCAAUAGAAAAUCAACUCUAGAUAGACAUCAGAGGAUUCACACUGGAACAAAGCCUUUCUCUUGUUCCGAAUGUGGGAAAUGCUUCAAUCAGAGAUCAACUCUUGUUACCCAUUGGAGGAUUCACACAGGGGAAAAACCAUUUACUUGUUCCCAUUGUAAGAAAUCUUUCAGUGAUGCUUCAGGCGUUUUUAGGCACAACUUGAUUCAUGCAAAUGAAAAAACAUUUUCUUGUUCUGAAUGUGGGAAGUCUUUUAGUCUGAAGUCUGCACUUAAAGCACACCAGAAGCUUCACGCAGCAGAGAAGCCAUAUUCUUGUUCUGAAUGUGGGAAAGGUUUUAGUCAGAAGUCACAUCUUAUAAUACAUCAUAGAAUUCACACGGGAGAGAAAAUAUUUUCUUGUUGCGAGUGUGGGAAAGGUUUUAGUCAGAAAUCACAUCUUCUUAAUCAUCAGAGGACUCAUACGGGAGAAAAAACAUUUUCAUGCUCUGAAUGUAAUAAGUGUUUCACUCAUGAGUCAGGUCUCAAUACACACCAGAGGCUUCAUACAGGAGAAAAGGCAUUUGGUUGUUCUGAAUGUGGCAAGAGCUUCAUUCAAAAGUCCCAUCUUAUUGUUCAUCAGAGGAUCCAUACAGGAGAAAAGCUGUUUUCCUGUUCGGAGUGUGAGAAAUGCUUCAGCCAGAAGUCACAUCUUGUUGUCCAUCGGAGGAUUCACACUGGAGAGAAACCAUUUUCAUGUUUUAAGUGUGAAAAGAAUUUUGGAACUAAAGAUUGUUUGAACAGACAUCUAAAAAAUCACACAUGUGAGACAUGA